AUGGAGCGAGAGCUGCUCUCCCAGUUCCAACGUUUGCCUGGUUUGCCUUCCUCGUUGGUGGGCCUGGAGACCGUCCUAGACAUGGAUGACACGAUCGAAUUCGAAGAUAUCAUGAAUCUUGAGGCAAAUUCUGCCAUGUCUCGCUUCACUGGUCCCAACAGGGGGUUGCACGACAUCAUGGAGCAGCGACUGCACAUGCGCUUCUGA